AUGCAGCUCUUGCAGGCAGGCAUGAGCGCCGUUGACGCCGACAUGGCUGGCAUCACGGCCAUGCAUUUUGCGGCAAUGCGUGGUCACUACGCGAUGCUGCACGUGCUGUCCAACGCGGGUGGUGAUGUCAACGCCGCUUCCUUGGAUGGGACGACCGUGCUACGCUGCGCCGCGACGGGCGGCCACUCUGCCGCCGUUGCGGCCCUCCUCGAAUUGGGCGCCCACGCCAAUGACGGCACGGCGACGAACGUGCCUUCGCUUGUCGCUGCGGCCGAGCAUGGCCACCUGGACGUCGUGGAUCUACUCUUGCAAGCCGGCGCCGACGUCAAUACGAUCGCCCGCCAAACGGGCGCAACAGCACUGUACAUUGCAGCGUCUCGUGGCCACGAAGCAGUCGUGCGCCGACUGGUCUACGCGGGUGCGACGCUGGACACGGCGGCCAAGGUACCGCUCACUGCGGCCAUGACCAACGACCGCAUGGCCAUUGUCCACUUGCUUGAAGCGUUGUGUGUCGAGUAUCGCGCUGUAGAAAAAACAUUGCUCCAUGCGGCGCGCCUCGGCGACGUUGACGGCGUCCUUGCGCUGCUUGACAAGGGCCUCAGCGCACACGAGGUGGACGAGCAUGAGAACACGCUCGUGCAUCUCGCGGUACUUGGCGGUCAUCGCGCACUGCUCGCCGUGCUUCUUCAGCAACCGGGGAUUCCAACCAUGCGUAUCAACAAGUUUGGCGAGUCGCCCAUGAUGCUCGCCAUUAAGAUGGCCGCAGACGACAUGGUGCACUUGCUGCAUACUACCGCCCAAGCGACGACAGUCCCACUCGUGCCUCGUCGGUCCCCGCCGCCGACAGCACUCUUGGGCUUUGGCGGCUCUGGCAUUGUCUUCCGAGACACGUUGGACGGUGUCGACGUGGCCGUCAAGAUGCUGAAGAACCGACAUGAUGCCAGCCAUUUUCGUCGCGAAAUCAGCGUCAUGAAAGCCAAUCCGUCGCCGUACGUGGUGCGGCUUGUCGCGACGGCCGACGAGGACACCGACCCGCAGCUUCUUCUCGAGUUUAUGGAUGGCGGCGACCUCGCGUCGUACCUGAACGCAGAGAUGACCCAAGCGCCCGCCGCCGUCGGGUACUCGCACGUCGAAAUCGCGUGGGCCGUUGCGAACGCGCUGAAGGACCUCCACGCGAGAAACAUUGUGCACCGAGACAUCAAGACCCAAAAUAUCCUCCUCUCGUCGGUCCAUUACAUCAAGGUCGCCGACCUCGGCAUUGCAAAGGGUGUGGCAAUGCACAUGACGACAGGCGUCGGCACAACCGAGUGGAAGGCCCCCGAGGUUUCCACGUCCAGUCGUGAGACAUACGGCACGCCCGUCGACAUCUUCGCCUUUGGCGUCCUCCUCGAGAAGCUGUACCCGGACGUCGUCGAGCAAGACAACUCGGCGUGGUACGCCGUGCUCGCCAAGCGCUGCAAGGCCAUAAAUCCAGCGGAUCGCCCGACAGCAAUCGAGAUUGUCAACAACUUGCGCCCCGAGCUGCUCGCCAAGCAAUCGAAGCUCGUGUUGUCGCUGCGCGCGUUUCGGAACGACCAGGUACGGUGCUAA